AUGCCAGAAAUCACCACUCCGUCAAGGAAGAUCCUCCUGGUGGUUACGGGGGGAGGGUAUACUCAUGCGGCACCCGUCCUAGAACUCGGGAAGAUCCUCGCCCACCGAGGCCAUGUAGUCGACUUUGCCACGCUCGAUGGACAAGAGAAAUGGGCAGACGGGUUCCCAGUCUCCCGCACGCAUCUCAUGGGCCCCGGACCGACAGAUGAACAGCUCGACGCUCACUACAAGCGAAGUCGACUCUGGGACCCAGCCAAGGGACUGGGCGAUGUCAUGGACUCCAAAUACCUCUUCGAUUCCCUGUGGACGCAGACCUACCAUCGACUGAAGGAGAUCAUGGCCGAUCCCGCCACACGCCCGGAUAUGAUGGUGGCAGAUUUCUUCGUCGACGCGGUCAAGGAUAUCCAUUUCGAGUAUAAGCUGCCCAUCGCUAUCGUGUGGCCGCAGAUGCCGUAUAUGAUGGUUCCCUGCUCGUACAUCCCCGGCCAGCCGGGCUUCCAGCUGGACAUGACCCUGACGUCGGAGAAUGGGUCCUUGUGGUCCCGGAUCAAUAACGAGCUGGUGGUUGUGCGUGCCUUGCCCCAGGCGCUCGCACUCAGGAAAUGGACCAAGGCGAUGCGCAAACGGGCGGGUCUCGAUUAUCUUCUUCCCGCCCCGACGAAGCCGGAUUAUCUCGUCUUGGUGAACUCUUUCUUCGGUCUGGAAGUCCCAAAGGACCUCCCUCCGUUGGUUGCCGCCGUCGGGCCCAUCCUUGCAGAUGAAUAUCCGCCCCUGGACGACCUCCACCAGCGAUUCCUGGACCAGCACGCGAAGACCAUCUACGUCGCGCUGGGGACGCAUAUCAUUCUGCCGCAUGCGGAUGCUCGGAAAAUCAUGAACGGACUCAUCCAGGCGAUGGAAGCAGGGAUCAUCGACGGCGUGAUCUGGUCCGUGGGCAAGAGCGGACGGCAGCUCUUCGACGCAACAGACCAGUACACCAUCGACGGCCAAACAGUCCGCUUCGGCGACCUCCUGGACGGAAAACAUGACGACUGGCUGUUCCCCUUCUUCGCGCCCCAACGGUCGAUCCUGGACCACCCCCACGCACGAAUCUACUUCACCCACGGCGGCGGAUCAAGCGCCAACGAGGGCCUCUACCACGGCAAACCCAUGCUCGUCAUGCCCUUCUACUUCGACCAGAUCGGCAACGCGGCCAAACUAGCCGGCAGCGGCACAUCCGAGCUCCUGCACAAGUUCCGCUUCACGGCGGAGGAAGUCUACGCCAAGACCAAGUUGCUCAUGGAGGAUGGGGACGGGACCUACGCGCGCAAUGUACGACGCCUCCAGCGGAUCGCCCGCGUGGCGGCCAGGCGGAAGCAGCUGGGCGCGGACCUCAUCGAGGAGGUUUUGUAUGAUACGGAGCUGAGGGUGGUGGAUGGGAGGGAGACGCGGCCGAUGCAUCUGCAGACGGCCGAUAUGCGGAUGCCUGUUUACAAGGCGAAGAACUGGGAUCUGAUGGCUGUUUCGGGCUUGGUGAUGGGUUUCCUCGGAGGAGGGACUUAUUAUGCGGCGCGGUUAGCCUGGGUGCAUCGUCAAGCUAUUAGAACUUUUGUUGAUUCCCUGAUUCAACGGGUCUGUGGCUGA